CUCUUCUCUCAAUCUCCUUAUCUCAUCAUCUCGAGGGUCCCACAUAGAGCUAGUUCUAGCAUGUCUUGCGUACUAGCAUGCAUUCACGGUAGGCUCCGUGCGAGAUCUCCAACACAAUGAACACGGUUCUUGGCAUCAUGUCCUCCGACUGUAAAUAUAAAAAACUCGUCAGCCUUCUCUCUCUCUCUCUCUCUCUCCGGGAGUCGGGGUCGGAGACAUGCUGACAUACGCCACCAUCCAAGCGGCACAGGACGCCCUGAAGCGGCCACUCACGGCGGCGGAGACAAUCUGGUUCAAUUACACUGCUACCAAAUCUGAUUACCUUCUCUACUGCCACAAUAUCCUCUUCCUCUUCCUCAUCUUCUCUUUGGUCCCGCUCUACUACCUCUUCCUCGAGUUUUUCCUGAAGAAUUCUAUCCGUUGCUACAAGAUCCAGCCGAAAGCCAAUCUCACCAUCUCGGACGCCUUCCGCUGCUACAAAUCCGUCAUGCGCAUGUUCGUCCUGGUCGUCGGCCCUCUCCAAUUGCUGUCUUACCCCUCCAUCAAAAUGGUCGGGAUCCGGACGAGCUUGCCCUUGCCAUCGAUAUGGGAAAUUGUGACCCAAUUGGCUGUGUAUUUCUUAGUGGAGGACUAUACCAAUUACUGGAUUCAUAGGCUUUUGCAUUGCAAAUGGGGGUACGAUAAGAUUCACAAGGUUCACCACGAGUACACAGCUCCAAUAGGAUAUGCAGCGCCAUAUGCGCACUGGGCGGAGAUUUUGAUCCUUGGGAUCCCGUCUUUUCUCGGGCCCGCCAUGGUCCCAGGUCACAUGAUUACCUUUUGGUUGUGGAUUGUGCUGAGACAGAUAGAGGCAAUUGAGACGCACAGUGGGUAUGACUUUCCUUGGACUCCCACAAAAUACAUUCCUUUUUAUGGUGGCCCAGAUUACCAUGACUAUCAUCAUUAUGUUGGUGGUCUCAGUCAAAGCAAUUUUGCUUCAGUGUUCACUUAUUGUGAUUACAUCUACGGAACUGACAAGGGCUACCGCUAUCAUAAGAAUGUCCUUCAGCAGUUACGAGAAGGCUCCAAACUCAGCCAAGAACAAAAGAAACUUUCACACAGCACUGGAGAAGACCUCAAAGCUGACUAGAUUUGGAACUCUGCAUGCCACUUGCAUAGACUUGUGACGCUGGCCGUUGUUCUUGGUGCGCUCAUGUCAUCAUCAUUGAUUUAAUUUGAGAAUUGUAGUUGUGCUGGUGGUACAAUCUUUGAUUUAUUAAUUUAUUUUUUAAACCGUGCACGAUCUAGGACAAAAUUUCGUGUUGGUGUUUAUAUUUGGUAGAGUGAUCCCUCUUUUGGCAUGUGAAUUGUUGUCACGACAGAAAUAAAUAAACCAUUCGUUUCUGAUGUGGUUGGGCUGGAAAAUAUGAAACUAUUGGAGCUAGUGUUGCGUUCUUUUAACCAACCCAU